UUUGUUGCAGUUGUUGGUAGUUGGUGGCAGCUACUACUACUACCUCUACACGUUACUAAUUCUAGAUGUACUCGUUCAAGGAGAUACAGACGGUCAUACCCGCCAAGGAUAUGGUGGAUGUUGUCCUAAGUCGGACGCAGCGACGGACUCCUACUGAGGUUCAUCCACAGUUCAAGAUCACACGUAUUAGAAGCUUUUACAUGAGGAAGGUGAAGUUCUGUCAAACUACGUUCAAUGAGAAGUUGCAGAAGAUCCUCGACGAGUUCCCCAAGAUUGAUGAUCUCCAUCCUUUCUAUGCUGAUCUAUGCAACGUCCUCUAUGAUCGUGAUCAUUAUAAGUUGGCUCUCGGCCAAGUGAAGUCAGUACAGUCUACUGUAGAUAGUAUUGCUAAGGAUUACGUCAAGUUGCUCAAGUUCGCUGAUUCACCAUAUAAGUGCAAGAUGCUGAAGAGAGCUGCUCUAGGUCGUAUGUGUACAGCGGUGAAGAAGUUGUCCGCUUCCUUGCAGUAUCUCGAGGAGGUCCGUCAGCAUCUCUCUCGACUGCCUCAGAUCAAUCCCCAGACCCGUACACUCAUCAUGACGGGGUACCCGAAUGUUGGUAAGUCCUCAUUCAUGAACAUAGUCACCGAUGCCAAUGUCGAUGUCCAACCCUAUGCUUUCACCACCAAGAGCAUCUUCGUCGGGCAUAUGGAUUACAAGUACACGAGAUGGCAGGUCCUUGAUACUCCUGGUAUCCUCGAUCAUCCUUUGGAGGAGAGGAAUACCAUCGAGAUGACUGCUAUAACCGCUCUAGCCCAUAUACCUGCUACCGUUCUCUACUUUGUUGAUGUCUCCGAGCAAUGUGGAUUCACCAUCGAGCAGCAGGUAUCUCUGUUUCACUCUAUCAAGCCUUUAUUCAAGUCUAAACCUCUAUUGGUUGUGCUUAAUAAGACUGAUGUGAAGCCUCUAGAGGAGCUCAGUGAGGAGCAAAAGAAGUUGAUAGCCUCAAUCAAGCUGGAUGAUGACAAGGCCCUCGAGUUCUUACCAGCGAGUUGCCUUAAGAAGGAAGGUGUUGAUGCUGUAAAGAACCGUGGAUGUGAGAUGCUAUUAGAACAGAGGAUUGAGAGGAAGGUAGCCCAAAGUAGUAAGGUAGAUGCCAUCAAGAACAGAGUGUACGUCACUGCCACUCGGGCUCGUGCUGACCGUCCGCCUUGUAUUCCACAAGGUGUACGGAGUGGAGGCCAGCAACAGGAUGGUGAUGAAGAGGCAAUGCUUGAUGAUGCUCAAAUCGAUGACGAGUCACAGAUGACUGAGAAGCAGCUCAUGGAGCGUCAUGGAGGUGCUGGUGUGUACAGUGUUGAUACUAGGAAGAAUUGGGACCUUAAGGACGACGAAUGGAAGUACGAUAACGUACCGGAGAUCAUGGACGGCCACAACAUUGCCGAUUUUGUUGAUCCUGAUAUUGAUGCUAAGCUAGAGGCAUUGGAGAGGGAAGAGGAGGCCCUUAUGUGGGGGGAUGCUGACGAUACUGAGGAGCAUCAACGGUGGAUGAAUGCUAAGGAUACUCUAUCACAAAUCCACAAGAAGGUGGAACAACAGAAAUUCGAGAAUAGACAGAACAAGAAUCGUAACCAUUAUGGUACUAUCCGGAGGCAGCAGAAGCAGACUCCUGAGCAAGUGGCUGAGCAUCUACGUGUCAUUGGUAAUGAUAAUGUUGAUACAGAGGCCCUACGAUCACGGGCUGUGCUCAAGCGACGGAGGUCUGUUGCUGGGCUGGAUGCGGAGGAGGAGCAGCCGACACCUGUCGUGUCCACCUCUCUUAAUGUUGAGGAGGCUGCCACUGCUGAGGUCAUCAAGAGGCAGAAGCAGAGGAGGUUGGCUAGGGAUGCUAAGAAGGGAGAAGGAGAUCAUCAUAUCCCUGAGAAGAAGCCCAAGCAUCUAUUCUCUGGCAAGAUGGGCUUCAAGAGGGAUCGUCGUUGAGAACCGCAACAACAACAACGUCAUCAUCAUCAUAACAAUGUAUCAACUAUCAACUGCUUGUGUACUCUUCCGAUCGUCACCAUCCCUCUCGAUGUCAUCGAUCAUGGUGUUAGUUGGGAGGCCGGCUACAGUAAGCAUCAUUAUCUGCUCUGUCGUCGUCGCCUUCACAACCCAUCACCCUUACGUUACUUGUAUCUCUACCACGAUAA